AACACCCCCUCCCACCCAGCGGCGACGUGCACGUGACACUUUUCGGGCUUUCGCAACUACGUGGAAACUUGGAAUAGGUCUGCGGCUGCACACAGCCGGGACCCGGGGUCCCCUCGCCCCCGCCCCUGCUCGUCACGGCCCGGGAGCCGAGCCACCGCGAGCAGGGGACCCCGCGCCGCCCCUGCCCAGGGCCGCGGCUUUCGAGCUUCCGCACUGCCCGCCGCGCCCUGUCCCCCGUGAAGCGGCUGCCGAGGCGGCGGCGGCAGCGGUCCCUCCGGCCCCGGCCAUGUGGGACCCGCGGGCAAUGAGGAUGGACCCGAGAGCUUACGCUGAGCUGUUGAAAGUGUCCGGCAACCAGGUUCUUAAGAACGGGAAAUUCUCUUUGGCCAUCAAAAAGUACGACGAAGCCAUCCACAUUCUCCUGCAGUUAUGCCACUGGGGGGUUCCCCCCAGGGAUGUGGCUGUCCUGCUGUGCAACAAAUCCAAAGCGUUUUACUGUCUUGGGAAAUGGAAUGAGUCGUUUAUGGCUGCCGAGGCGUGUCUUGAGUGGGAUCAAACCUACGUGAAGGGCUACUACCGAGCUGGGUAUUCCUUGCUGCGGUUGCUCCAGCCUUAUGAAGCCGCUCGCAUGUUUUUUAAGGGUCUGCAGCUUCUGCAGGGCAACCAAGACCAGAUCCAGGUUGCUGACUUCCUUGUGGGAAUCUUCAACACCACGGACAAUGACCCCAUUGUUUUGCAAAGUUUCUUGCCCUACUUUGACCAUAUUUUCACUACUGGAUUCUCAGCAGAAGUAUGGCAAUCUGUAAUAGAAAAGUUGGCAAAGAAAGGCUUGUGGCACUCAUUUCUACUUCUGUCAGUGAAAAAAGACCGACUACCCAGAAAUAUCCAUGUCCCAGAGUUAUCCCUGAAAAGUCUCUUUGAGAAAUAUGUCUUCAUUGGACUUUAUGAGAAGAUGGAACAGGUGCCUCAGUUAGUCCAGUGGCUCAUCUCCAUUGGUGCAAAUAUUGAGACUAUAGGCCCGUAUCCGCUUCAUGCCCUCAUGCAACUCUGUAUCCAAGCGAGGGAAAACCAUCUUUUCAAGUGGUUAAUGGACCACAAGCCUGAGUGGAAAGGCCGCAUCAACCAGAAGGAUGCAGAUGGCUGCACCGUCCUGCAUCUUGUCGCAGCCCACUCCCACUCCCCAGGAUACCCCAUGAGGCGACAAACAGAGGAUGUGCAGAUGCUCCUGUGCUUUGGGGCAGACCCAACCCUGCUGGACCGACAGUCCCGGUCCGCAGUGGAUGUUCUGAAGAGGAAUAAGAACUUCAAAGCUGUCAAUGAAAUCAACAUUCACUUGAAAAAGCUGGCUGCAUCUUCUAAGGACCUCUCAGGCCUGAGCAAUGGUGAUGCACCCGCUAGUGAGAGUGACACUUUCCGGAAGACCUCUGAGCAGCUGGUGAAGUACAUGAACUCAGGAAACCGGUCAUUGCAUAAAAACCUUCUGAAGCAAGAAGUAGUUCAGAGGUUCUUGCGCCUCCUUUCUUCUCUGCAAGAAAUUCCUCCUGACCUGGUCUGUGACAUUAAUCGCGACUGUGCCAACACCUUCAUCAAGUUUUUACUGGAAAAACAGAAAUGGCCCGAAGUGCUUCUGCUGCUGACCCGCAAAGUCAGUGGGGAGCCGCCGCUCGGAGACGGCCUCAUCAAAGAGUGCGACCUCUCGGCCCUCGACCUCUGUGCCAUCAUCCCCCAGCUCAGCACCUGGGACCAGCGGAGGACACAGCUCCUGGGCUGCCUGAUAGAUGGUGGAGCCUUGCCCGAGGGUCUCCAGGACAGCCGGGAGAAGCCGCUGGUCAUGUGCCUGAAACGUGAGGACUUCGAGUUGGCUUUUCUUCUCUUGACCAAGGGUGCAGACCCCCGCAAUAUUUCUAUCACGGAAGGCGAUACUCCUUUGCAUGCAGCACUCCACAUCUUUUUAGAUACCAAAUCUGACAUUGGUUUUAGCUUCCUCAGCCACCUGUUGGAUCUAUUCUUGUCCAACCCCACUGAAUUUCACUACCUCAAUCCCAACACCCAGGACGGUAAUGGGAACACGCUGAUGCACAUCCUCUUCCAGAAGGGCAUGAUGAAGCGCAUGAACAAGCUGAUAGAUCUGCUGGUGAAGUUUGACAUCAACUUCAACCUGAAGAACAAAGAAGGCAAAGACGCACGGCACCGGAUUAAGAAGAAUGAUGCUCUGCUCUUGGCCUGGAACAAAGCCCUGACGGAGAGCAGGCGGAAGAGCCGGCAGGACUCUGCUGCCCACUCGAAGCUCCUGAAGUCGGCUGCCCCUGGUCAUGCGUCUCACCUCAAGUCCCAGGUUUCAUCCAAGUCUCCACCAUGCAGUGUCACCAGAACCCUGCCCGAAGGAACCGUGGUUCCUGACAGCUGGGAGACUCCUGUGGAUGCUCAGGUGAUGAGGCAGGGGCCUGGAGCUGGCAGGCCCUGCUCUCUGAGAGACCGCCUUGUGCAGAACAUCACAGUUUUGAUUCAGCAGGUUGAAUUGGAUACGUCCCUCCCAGAGGACUGUCCUCAGGUCUCUAAGCCUCCAGAGACAGGAGCUGGCACAGACGUGAAGAAAGACAAGCUCCAACGAGCCCUGGGGCCAGGGGGCUCUGACUGUAGUGGGAACAACCCUGCCCCCCAUAGAGCAGGAGAAGGGCAUGCUCAGGCAGGCCUUGGGGCCUCGCAGCUCAUUCCUGCUGGUCACAGAAGGAAGGAGGGUGGCGAAGAUCAGGACGACUGGAGUGUGCAGGAGAUUGAGGCCUGCCUCCAGGACUUUGAGAACAUGACGUGGGAGAUUGAGUGUACUUCUGAGAUGCUGAAGAAGCUGUCCAGUAAGGUAAUGUCCAAGGUCAUGAAGAAGAAAAUCAUCCUAGCCAUCCAGCAGCUGGGGAACGGUGAGUGGACCCAGGGCCUGCAGAAGCGGCUGAAGCACCUGAAAGGAAGCAUCCAGCUCUUUGAGGCCAAGCUGGACAAAGGAGCCCGGAUGCUGUGGGAGCUCGCCAUUGACUUCUCCCCUCGAUGCAGUGAGAACCCAGAGAAGAUCAUCGCCACAGAGCGGAACUCGCACUCUGUGGAGAAGUCAGGGCGCGUCUACACAGAAAUCAUCCGGAUCUGGGACAUAGUUUUAGAUCACUGCAAACUGUCGGACUCCAUCAGGGCCAUCUGCAAUGCCUACAACCGUGGCUUGUCUUGCAUCCUGCGGAAGAAGCUGAAGGGUAUCAAUAAAGGCCACGUGGUAGCCAACAUGAAAAUCCAAAAUCGGAUACCCCGCUGCUAUGUGGAGGACACAGAGGCCGAGAAAAGCAGGGAGCACGUGAACCCCGAGUACUUCCCUCCAGCCAGCGCAGUGGAGACAGAGUACAACAUCAUGAAGUUCCACAGCUUCAGCACCAACAUGGCCUUCAACAUCCUCAAUGAAAUGACAGCAACGGUGGAGUACCCCUUCCGGGUGGGCGAGCGCGAGUAUGCUGUGAUCAACAUUAACCCCAGGCCACUGGAGCCCAUCAUCCUCAUUGGGCGGAGCGGCACUGGGAAGACAACUUGCUGCUUGUACAGGCUGUGGAAGAAAUUCCAUGUUUACUGGGAAAAAGCCGAGCAGGCAGGAAGCCCGCUGUUGGCCAAACAGAUCUGGCUGAAGAGAAGGUUGGAAGUGGAACCCGAAAAGGAGGGUCCAGGUGGGGAGGAAGAGGAAGAAGAGGAGGAGGAGGAGGACGAUGACGAGGAACAGGAAGGGUCCACUGAAGUGGAAACAGUGGAGAGCAUAGAUGAGGAGCAGGAGAGUGACGCCUGUGUGGGGGGAGCCAGUGGGGAGCCAGGAGGGUCUGGCCAAGCAGCAGAAGUAUGCACCUCAGAACAUCCUCACCAGCUGGAGCAUUUACAUCAGAUCUUCGUGACCAAGAACCACGUCCUGUGCCAGGAGGUGCAGAGGAAUUUCAUUGAACUUUCCAAGUCUACCAAGGCCACCAGUCACUACAAACCGUUGGAACCCAACGUUCACAAACUCCAGGACCUGAGGGACGAGAACUUUCCUUUGUUUGUCACUUCCAAGCAGCUGCUCCUCUUGCUUGAUGCUUCUAUGCCCAAUCCAUUUUUUCUGAGAAAUGAAGACGGCAGUUUGAAAAGAACCAUCGUAGGAUGGUCCACGCAGGAAGAGUUGACCAUCCCCAACUGGCAGGAGGAUGAGGAGGAGGCUGAGGUGGAUGGGGACUACAGCGAAGAGGAUAAAGCUGUGGAAACACGUCUCUGUGAGAGUGACCCCCGGGUGUACGUGACAUUUGAGGUGUUCACUAAUGAAAUAUGGCCCAAAAUGAUCAAAGGGAAAACCUCCUACAACCCUGCCCUGAUUUGGAAAGAAAUAAAAUCUUUUCUGAAGGGGUCUUUUGAGGCCCUCAGCUCCCCCCAGGGGAGACUCACAGAAGAAGAGUAUAAGAAAUUAGGGAAGAAGCGGUCCCCUAAUUUCAAGGAAGACCGAAGUGAGAUCUACAGUCUCUUUUGCCUGUAUCAGCAGAUCAGGUCUCAGAAAGGUUAUUUUGAUGAAGAGGAUGUUCUGUACAACCUGUCCCGGAGGCUGUCAAAGCUCAGGGUGCUUCCGUGGUCCAUCCAUGAGCUGUAUGGUGAUGAGAUUCAGGACUUCACUCAAGCGGAGCUAGCACUGCUGAUGAAAUGCAUCAAUGACCCCAAUGCCAUGUUCCUCACUGGGGACACAGCCCAGAGCAUCAUGAAGGGCGUGGCCUUCCGCUUCAGUGAUUUGCGCUCUCUGUUCCACUAUGCCAGCAAAAACACCGUAGACAAGCAGUAUGCCGUCCGGAAGCCCAAGAAGAUCCAUCAACUGUACCAGAAUUACAGGUCCCAUUCAGGAAUCCUCAAUCUGGCGUCUGGAGUGGUAGAUUUACUUCAGUUCUAUUUCCCAGAAUCUUUUGAUCGCCUUCCAAGAGAUUCUGGCCUCUUUGAUGGUCCCAAACCAACUGUCCUAGAGUCUUGUAGUGUAAGCGACUUGGCAAUUUUGCUUCGAGGGAACAAAAGGAAAACCCAGCCCAUUGAAUUUGGAGCCCACCAGGUAAUUCUUGUAGCCAAUGAAAUGGCAAAGGAGAAAAUUCCAGAAGAACUGGGGUUAGCACUUGUGCUAACAGUUUAUGAAGCCAAAGGCUUAGAAUUUGAUGAUGUCCUUCUUUACAACUUUUUUACUGAUUCUGAGGCUUACAAGGAAUGGAAGAUCAUCUCCUCAUUUACACCUUCAUCAUCUGACUCCAGAAAGGAAAACCAGCCACUGAUGGAAGUCCCCCUGGAGAAACCCAGCUCCUCUCAGGGCCGGUCUCUCAUGGUGAAUCUGGAAAUGUACAAGCUCCUCAAUGGCGAGCUGAAGCAGCUGUACACGGCCAUCACGCGGGCUCGGGUCAACCUCUGGAUCUUCGACGAAAACCCCGAGAAGCGGGCUCCUGCUUUCAAAUAUUUCAUUCGAAGAGAUUUUGUCGACGUUGUGAAGACAGAUGAAAAUAAAGACUUGGAUGAUAGCAUGUUUGUUAAGACCUCAACCCCUAAGGAGUGGAUCGCACAAGGAGAUUACUAUGCUAAACACCAGUGCUGGAAGGUUGCAGCCAAGUGUUACCAAAAAGGAGGUGCGUUUGAGAAAGAGAAGCUGGCGCUGGCCCACGACACCGCCCUGAACAUGAAAUCCAAGAAAGUCAGCCCCAGGGAAAAGCAGGUGGAGUAUUUGGAACUGGCGAAGACCUAUUUGGAGUGCAAAGAACCAAAGCUGUCCCUUAAGUGUCUGAGCUACGCCAAGGAGUUCCAGCUCUGCGCCCAGCUGAGCGAGAGGCUGGGAAAGAUAAAAGAUGCCGCCUAUUUCUAUAAGCGAAGCCAGUGCUACAAAGAAGCUUUCAGAUGCUUUGAGCAGAUUCAGGAAUUUGAUCUAGCACUCAAAAUGUACUGCCAAGAGGAGCUUUUUGAAGAAGCUGCUAUUGCAGUGGAAAAGUACGAAGAAAUGGUAAAGGCCAAGAGCCUUCCCAUAUCCAAGCUCUCCUAUUCUGCCAGUCAGUUAUACUUGGAGGCUGCAGCAAAGUACCUGAGUGCAAAUAAGAUCAAGGAGAUGAUGGUCGUCCUCUCGAAGCUGGACAUAGAAGACCAGCUGGUCUUCCUGAAGUCUCGGAAACGGCUAGCAGAAGCUGCAGAUCUGCUGAAGAGGGAAGGUCGCAGAGAAGAGGCUGCCUUGCUGAUGAAGCAACAUGGCUACCUCUUGGAGGCUGCCAGGCUCACUGCCGACAAGGACUUCCAGGCCUCGUGUCUGCUGGAGGCUGCCCGCCUCAAUGUGGCCAGUGGUUCAGACAUAGAAAAUACCAAGGCCAUUCUGAGAGAAGCCGUUGAUCUCUACCAUCAAACCAGUCAGUUGUCUGGGAUUGCUGAGGCCUUUUUCCUGCAGGGGGUAAUCCUGAAAGACUUUCAGAAGCUCAAGGACGCCUUCUUCAAGUUUCACAAACUCAACCACUCGGCUGGAGUAGUGGAAGCACUCUAUGAAGCCACCUAUCUGUGUGAGGCCGAGCCUGAGAAGGUCCUGGCCCUGGCUCCAGGGGGCUUGGAAGUCCUCCUCGAUCUGGUCAGGGCCCUUAAAAAAGUGACCAACAAUGCGGAAAAGGAAAUGGUCAAGUCUUGUUUUGAGUUUUUUGGGAUUUCUCAGGUGGAUGCCGAGUAUUGUCAGAUGGCUCAGAAUGACCCUGGACCCAUAUUAAAAAUAAUUUUUGACCUGGAUUCAAACUUGAAAGAGAAGAAAACAAAAGACCAUUUCUUGAUAAUGACUGAGCAAGUAAAAUUAGCCCUAAAGAAACACCUUCUGAGCAGGCUGUGUCAGGUCACACGGAGCCUGCUUGGGAGGACCUACCCCGGGGUCUGCAUGAAGUUUAUUGUAGGCUUAAAAUGCGAGAAUGAAAACUGUGAAGAUUUCCACAGGCCUUUGCGGCGUUGUGAGGCCAAGUAUUUGGUUCAGUCAAAAAUGCAGCUGGUGGCAAUCAAUGGACUGCUUUUGGAAGCCAAAAAGGUAUUCCCUAAAAUUUUAGCUCAAGAACUUGAAGAAAUUGAUUAUAUUUUAUCUACAGAUACGUAUGGCCUUUGCAAAUCCUUUCUGAAUGUCCUCUUCCCUAAGCAUUUCCAUCAGAGAGUGUUGUCAGAAAACAUCAUGGCAUGCAAAGAAAUCCUCAAACCAAAUUACAAAUUCUUCCGAUCCUACAAGUUUGCUCUAAAAGAGUACAUCCAUUUUCUGUUUCAAAACGCAAGUGUACGAAGCCGCCGGGAGUCUACAGACCUGUGGCUGAGCGCCAUGCAGGCUUUCCUUCUCUCUUCGAACUACCCGGAGGACUUUGAAAAGCUGCUCCACCAAGAGGAGGACAACUACAACAGGGAGCUCAAAGCUCUAGAGUCUGAAAAAGAGGAAAGGGGCAGGGGACGAGGCAGCAGGAUGAAAGGAAUAGAAGGGAAAUUCGGCAUGCUGGCGCCCAACAAGGACGAUGAAAGUGCCGAGAAGACCCACCUGUGCUUCAUCCGGCUGCUGGAGAAUUGCAUCGACCAGCUCUAUGUGUACAGGAACCCAGAAGACUGCAAGAGGCUCUUUUUCCGUUUCAUGAACGUCCUUGUUAAGAGGUGCAAGGAGCCACUCAUCCCCAGCAUCGGAAACACAGUGGCCCUGUUGGAGUUCCAGUUCAUUCACUGCGGGGCGGUCCUGGCCUGCCUCUGGAAGAAUACCAUCCUGUGCCUCCCCAAGAGCUACAUUGCACUCUUACACUACUGGGAGUUCCUGUUCAGCAAGGACAAAGAGCUCGGGGACGUGUUCUCCAUCAUCCAGGGAUACAAACCUAAGGACGUGAUAAGAGCCAUUCAGAAUUUCCGGUACCACCUCUCCUACCUCGUCAAGGUGCUAUGCGGUGAUGAGAAUGAGAACUUCAAUGUUCUGCUCGAUGCCUUUAGUGACAUAGACUAUGUAGUCUCUGGUGAGGCAGAGCGGACCCUGGUGCUGUGCUUGGUGAUGCUGGUCAAUGCCAAGGAGGUUCUGCAGCCAAACUGCAAGACUCUUCUGUACCACCACUUCCAGGAGAUCGAGAGGAAGCUGAAGCUGAUGAGUGUGGACAGCCCACACCAGGUGCCUGAGAGGCUCCUGAAAGUGGUGAAGCGGGUGUUGAUGGCGGUCGAUGAUAAGUCUGUGGCUGAGGCGCUGCAGGACCUGCUCCUUGAGCGGGAUGAAGAGUACUUGAUGGACUGCUACUGGCGGUGGGACAGCAUGCACACCAAAGGGGUUGUGAUCCGUGGCCUCUAUCAUGAGGAGGUCAAAUUAAACCGCCUGCUCUAUGUGGACCCCGUGCACUACUUUGCUGAACCACAGUCUGAGUUUGGUCAGAAUGAGACGAACGAGCUGGUAUCAGAAGACCAAGAUCACCUCCUCACUGCCAUCCUUUCCAAGAAGCAGUGGAAGGCUUCCAUCCAGCGGAAGUUGCGAAGAGUGUGCCUGGUGGUGUCCCUGUGCAUCAGCUGGAGAAGGGCGAGUGCCCAGAAGAAGCACUUCAGGGAGGAGACUGGGGAGCCCAGGGCCGGCAACUUCAAAAAGGCCGACGUUGACAGGACCCAGUGUGACCUGUGCGGAGUGAAGUUCACCUGCUGUCCUGAGAACUAUUUCGCUCCCGAUAAAGCAUUUGAGGGAGCGCCUUCAGAGGCUGUGGCCCUUUCCAGGGCUGAGCUGGAAGACAAGGAGUAUUGGGAGAGGAACAGUGAGUCUUAUGAGCAGCAUAUCCACCUAGAAGGCCAUCAGAGGCAGCAAGUGGCUUACCAGAAAUACUCUGAAUUUUUCCGGGAGAAGGUGGAGCCAGCCAUUGAGGAAGGCAAGCUGGUGGUGCAGGACAUUGAGCAGAGCAUGUGGGUCUCCAGUCACCUGGGCUCCAAAGAGCACAGCCACAUGCUGCAGAGGAAGGUCCAGGAGAGCAUCGAGAAGGUUUUGGAUAUGGUGGAGGACCUCUACAGACGCAAGGCCUGGGCUGGAGCGGAGGAAGUCAUGACUCAGCAGGUCGACGUUCUGACCCCGUCAGUCAGAAAGGCGCAGGAGUGGCUGAGGAAAACAGAGCUCCACUUGAAGCAGGAAGGUGUUGUUCAGGAAGAUGAUUAUGAAAAUGAAGUUGAAGACUUUGGCGAGCUCCGUCCCAGAAGCCGUCAGCGGAAGUGUGGAAAGCGGAGAAAAUACUAACGUUCACACAGCUGCUGCCUUCUAAACCUUCAGAACAUUCCAUCUUGACUUAGAAUUCUGUGUGCUGAGGCGGAAGAGAAAAAGAAUGUUAAUUAGCAUAAAAUAGGAAGGGAGUCCCACAAACCUUUGCUUUUUGUUCCUAUUUCUCUUUCAGUGGUGGUUUAGGGUCUUAUUGCUCCCUUACCUGCAGGGAUCUCUUAAGUGCUUUCCAAGUUCAAGUCUAGCAGUAUCAGUUCCCCCUAAAGCUUGUUCAGAUGGGAGAAGUCAUAGCUGAAGGGAACCUUGGGACUCCCCACCCCAAGGCCCCGGGUUCUCUGGCUCGUCACCGUCGUGACAUGAGUCAGUAAAAGGGAAACCCCCCGCCUCAGAGCUGCUGCUAGCCUGGGUCGGGAAGCCCUCUGUUGAGUCCCUCAUCUCCUUUCAUGUGGCUGUGACCUCAAGUAGUACAAGAGCUGUGUGUGCCCAGGGCCCAUGUGGGCCCUACUGCUGGCCACCCCUGACCCAGGCCACACUCUGGUCAUCUCUGAGCCUACUUGUAGUAUGGUUCCUUCCAUUGUAUAUUUUAGCCUUUUCUCUCUGUGGCAAUUUUCUGCCCUUCUUGCCACCAAUUUUUUUGUGACCAUUCUCAGCUAUCUGUGCGAGUCAUAGUUAGAUUACCUCAGAAUGUAGUCAAGAAUUUCCCCAGUGUCUAGCCUCAGGACCUUCCCCCAAGAAGGAGAGGCUGGGGAAUGUUGCUGGAGGUUCUCAGCCUGCCUCUCCACGGUGGUCCUAACUCCACCUUGGGUACGGUGCCGACAUUCCAAAAGGUGUUUUGUGUGUAGCCCUGUAUGUCUAGUUUUCUUGCUUCUCCCUGGCAAGUUUGCCGUCCUAGCUUAGGUUGACAUUCUGAUGAGCUUCCUCCUGCUGAGCUCACCACGGUGGGACAGUGACCUGCAGAGUUGCAGGUUAGGGACAAGUGGACAGAGGAGGAAGCCAGCUUUACAGUGCCAAUCCAUAGGGAUUUGGCUGUGAAUCACUGCCCUGUGGCUGGUAGACCCUGAAAGUGGAGGGACUUGGGCCUGUUUGCAGGAGCCCAUUGCUCCCCCACCUCCCGGGGCCAGUGGCCAUCAGUAUGGUCCCAUUAGGGAAACUUUCAUGCCUCGUGGUUACUCCCCACCCUUUCCCCACCCCUCAGCUCAGCCUGGUGCAGAAGGUCAGGUUCACGUUGGUCCUUCAUUGUUGUGUCAUCACAACAGAAUCAGCUUUCUCCCCAUGUUGCCACUGCUUUUGCCGCUGGUUGUUUUCUCUUUGUUGUCUUUCUAAAUGAUUCUAUUUCCUUGAAACGUUUAUGCUUCUAAUUUUUAUUAGGUUAUGUUUCUAAUUUUUAUUCCAAGUGUUUUUUACAAACUUGCCAGAAAAAGAAAAAAAAAAACCCCAAUCAAAUCUUGCUGUAUUAUCACAUUUUUUAUAAAGUUAAGUCAUUUCUCUUGCCUAGA